GGUAUAGAUGUAGUUGGAAUUAUUUCCAUGUUUGUGACGGCAGUUUAUGCCGUUGGCAGCUUUAUUCUGGCCUGUUACCUGGGCAGAAAGUUGGCAAAAGUUGAGAAGUGGGUGUUGUCGUGGUUGAUAUUCGACGCCUUCAUCCAUUUCACCUUGGAAGGCCCAUUUGUUGUCUUAUCAUUGAGAGGAACAGUGAACGAGUCUGAACACUUCACUUCUCUCUUAUGGAAAGAGUAUGGGAAGUCGGACAAACGUUGGCUCGUCUCGGACCCCACCAUCGUCUCGCUGGAGAUAUUGACCGUUGUCAUUGAUGGACUCCUAGCCAUUGUUCUAAUCUAUGCCAUCGUCAAGGACAAGUUCUACAGGCACUAUGUACAGAUUGUGCUAUGUGUAUGUGAACUAUAUGGAGGUUGGAUGACCUUCUGCCCCGAAUGGCUUAUCGGUAGCCCAAACCUAGUGACGGACAACCCAAUGUAUCUCUGGGUCUAUCUAGUCUUCUUCAAUGGACUCUGGGUUGUCAUUCCAUUCAUUCUCAUGUGGCAAUCAUGGAAGGCGUUAGAGAACAUGAAGGUCGUCAAGCCGAAAGCAAAAUCUUCGACGAGUCCGAACAUUGCAGGAUCACCAAAUAUGGGAGGAUAUAAUCUGCGUUCGAGGAACAGUCGUAAAGAAGCAUAAUUGACUUUGAUUCUAAUUCAUAAUUGAAUAGAGAGGUUUGGCAAAAUCAAGUAGGUCAGGAUGGUGCAUAACCUCUAUUUUGUAAGAAAACAGCACCUUUUAGUUUAAGUUUGUACUAGAGUUCUUGUACAGGUGGUCAGAUCUCUGAAGUUGCUCAUCAAUACUACAGAAGGAAAUCAGAUUCUUUUACAAAUCAUAUAUCUUGUUAAUUUCUCGUAUAAUUUCGGGUAAUCUUACCUGGAAGCUGAUCUUUGAGCCAAUUAUUUUGGUUCCGCAGUGACUUACACAUUAGCCGCCAUACUUAUACAACAUCUUCUCUGUUAUGCUCGUCACUUAUUCAAGAAAAUCACUGCAUAAUACUGAGCUUUAUCAUCAGUAUAGAUUUAUCAUUUUAAUCAUAUCCGAAAAGUGCAGAGUGUUUUACAAAUUUACUCAAAAUAGUAGUUUUAGCUU